CAUUGCGGAUAUCGUCCAGACAAAGGUGGAGUAGAACCCAGGCGAUUCUCUCAUCCAAGCAAAUUUAUUGCGGAUUUCAAUUCUUUUUCAAUUUUUCAUUUCAUUUUCAUUUUUUCUGACCAAGAUUUGAUUUCUUGCAUGAUACGAUCAUAUCGCCCCGCUAUCAGCGUCCGAUCAAUUUGUAACUAAUAUGCUGUUCUUUUCUCUGGAAAAUUUCGUCUCCUCUUUUUUCACUUCGAAUUCUUGUUCCAUUCUUCGUCGUUCCUCCUGUUCCAAAAUUCGUAUCAUUCCUGUUGGAAUGUUGUGACCUGCCUGACUGCCUGGUUUUUGUAAAGCUUCGCGAAUUGCUCUUGUUUUCUGACCAGAAAGAGAGUAAUGCAUCUUGAGGAAUUGAAGGGAGAAGAGGUGGGAGGUGGAGAGGAAGAGAAAUUAUAUCUCGGAAAUGGUGUUAUUGGUGGGGCAAAUUUUUUCGUUUCAGAUGCGAAAAGGGCUCUGGUUGGAGCGGGGGCUCGUGCUCUCUUCUAUCCCACUCUGCUUUAUAAUGUCGUUAGGAAUAAGAUUCAGGCCGAGUUUCGGUGGUGGGAUAAGGUUGAUGAGUUCAUAUUAUUAGGUGCUGUUCCUUUCCCUAUUGAUGUUCCCCGCUUAAAGGAGCUGGGUGUUCGAGGAGUCAUCACAUUGAAUGAGUCAUAUGAGACUUUGGUCUCAACCUCACUUUAUCACGCUCAUGGAAUUGACCAUCUCAUGAUUCCUACUAGAGAUUACUAUUUCGCACCUUCAUUGCAUGACAUAUGCUCUGCUGUAGACUUCAUUCAUGAAAAUGCGUUGGCUGGACGGGUUACAUAUGUCCAUUGUAAAGCUGGGCGCGGUCGUAGCACAACUGUUGUUAUCUGUUACUUGGUGCAUUACAAGCUUAUGACACCUAGUGCUGCAUAUGAUUAUGUGAAGUCAAUUCGACCAAGGGUUCUUCUGGCUUCCUCUCAGUGGCAAGCUGUUCAGGAAUACUACCACCUUAGGGUUAGGAAAGCGAUGGCCUAUGCUCCCUCGGGUAACAUAGUAAUGAAGGCACCUGCAGGUUCACUAGACCUUGUAACAUUUGAUGACGGUUCUGUGGUGGUGGUAACGGAGUCAGAUCUAGAAGGAUACGAGGCCACUUUGGGAAGCAAGAUAUGGGCAAAUGUGAGCGUAGUGUACCAGGUGCGGGUCGCUGGACAGGCAGCGUUGGCAGGAAUAUCAUGCCUUUGGCUGAGAUAUGGUAGGCACCAGGAGGUUUCCACAGUCAAAGCGAGCAGCAGCAAUCAUUUGGGUGGCAUUAGUGUUGAUAUCCAUGUUUACUGAGAGGGGGAUGAGCAGGGAGGAAAUCAAUAAUAGUUCCCUCUUCAGCAGGGCUGAACCUGAAACCCAUAAUUCCAUCUCCCUCCUGUAUAUAUUCCACUUGUUUGCUGUCCUGAAUCCGAAUGACCAGCUCCCAGUGUUACUUGUGCUGUGUCACCAUUGUAUCGAUUUUCACUCCUUCCUAAUAGUCAUUUAAGUCGCUUCUCAACA